AUGUUUCUCUCAUUGACUCCACUGAAAUCAUCCAAAACCUACUAUACAAGCCUUCUGCCGCCUUUGAUCAGCUCUCACAAGUUCGAGUUCGCGCUCAGAAGACGCAGUUAUAUUUCAUCCGGAUAUCUUCCCACUCCUGUCAUGGCUCACGCGUUUCUCACUGGCGCUGUCGCGUCUCCGAGUUUUACCUCUGAUUUUGGCAAGACCCCAGCUCGCCAGGCUCCAUCUACGACGGGCGUUCGCCUCGCGCCGGUCCGCGCUGAAGCUCCGCAUGUCAUCGCCACUGUCGCCGCCGCCCCGAUUCCCACGAAAGUUUCAGACGCCGCCACGUCUGUGAAGGCACCUCCCAACCGUUCUACUUCUACCACCGCCGAAGACUGCGGCCCGCGAUGCCGUCGGUGCAAGUAUCCCUGCACCAAGGACACCCCCGCUUCAGAAGCGCCUGAUUUUUACCCCUUCACGUCGCUCCCGCCGACUCCGGUCUUCCCGUCGCACGAAUCCAUGGUGCUCUUCCUCCAGUCCUACGCUCGCAUGCUGCAGCACGUCCAAACCGCCACGUCGAGCGUCGCUCGCAUUGACCCCGUUGACCGCGUUGACCACAGCCAGGACGCCCUGGUCUCUGGCGAAUCCCUCGCCGCUGCUGGCGUGACCAUGCUGAAGCGCGUGCGUCUGGGAAUCCACGCGCUGCUGCGCCACCCGCAGCACGGCGUGGUGGGGGGCCGCGGAGGGCCGUGGUGCGCGAGGAAGGAGCGCGCGGAGGAGUGUCUUGCGGAGCUGGAGCGCGAUAUUGAGAUCACCGCGGAGCAAAUCCUUCGCGAGGCGCGCGAGCGGCAGGAGGUAGAAACCGCGGCGCCCAAGCAGAAGAUCACCGACGCGCAGGAGCUCGGGGAGUACCGAUUAAGGAAGCGCAAGGAGUUUGAAGAUUUGAUUCGCCGGGUUAGGUGGAACACGAGCGUAUGGGUUAAAUACGCCACGUGGGAGAUGAGCCAGAAGGACUUCGCGCGCGCGCGAUCCGUGUGGGAGCGAGCGCUGGAGGUGGACUAUAGGAACGUGUCCAUAUGGCUGAAAUACGCGGACAUGGAGAUGCGCAACCGCUUCGUCAACCAUGCGCGGAACGUGUGGGACCGCGCAGUGUCGCUGCUACCCCGCAUCGACCAGCUGUGGUACAAGUACAUUCACAUGGAGGAGAUGCUGGGGAACGUGGCAGGGGCACGACAGGUGUUGGAGCGAUGGAUGAAAUGGGAACCCGACCAUCACGGCUGGUCCGCAUACAUCAAAUUCGAGCUCCGAUACGGGGAGAUCGCACGCGCUCGCGCCGUGUUCGAGCGUUACACCAUGUGCAUUCCCACGGUGAAAGCGUGGAUCCGUUUCGCGAAAUUCGAGGUGAAGCAGGGGGAGAUUGCGCGCGCCCGGGAGGUGUACGAGCGGGCAGUUGAAAUUCUCGGCGAGGACGGGCAGAACGAGGAACUUUUCGUCGCGUUUGCGGAGUUCGAGGAGCGGAUAUGCAAAGAGACCGAACGCGCAAGGGCGAUUUACAAAUAUGCCCUCGACCAUGUCCCGAAGGCCCAGGCCGAAUCCCUGUACAAAAAGUUCGUGGUUUUUGAGAAGCAGCACGGGGACCGGGCAGGGAUAGAGGAUGUGGUGGUGGGGAAGAGGCGGUUUGAGUAUGAGGAGGAGGUGAAGCGGAAUCCGAGGAACUACGACGCGUGGUUUGACUAUGUGCGGUUGGAGGAGAGUGUGGGGGAAGCGGAGCGGGUGCGGGAGGUGUAUGAGCGGGCCAUCGCGAAUGUGCCACCUGCUGAUGAAAAGCGAUUUUGGCAGCGAUACAUCUACCUCUGGAUCAACUACGCUUUGUACGAAGAACUCGAAGCAGGCGACAUGGAGAGGACGAGGGAGGUGUACCGGGAGUGCCUGAAGCUGAUUCCACAUGGCAAGUUCUCAUUCGCCAAGAUCUGGCUGCUCGCCGCCCAGUUUGAGAUCCGCCAGAAGCGCCUCUCCGCUGCCCGGCAGAUUCUGGGCCACGCCAUUGGGGUGGCUCCUAAAGACAAGAUCUUCAAGGCGUAUAUCGAAAUGGAAUUGCAGCUAGGGAACAUCGACCGCUGCCGCAUGCUCUACGAGAAGUACCUCCAAUGGCAGCCCGCCAGCUGUCAGGCCUGGGCCAAGUUCGCAGAGCUGGAGCGCAGCCUGGGGGAAACCGAGCGGGCACGGGCUGUAUACGAGUUAGCCAUUGGACAGCCCUUGCUUGACACUCCUGAGCUGCUGUGGAAGGCGUACAUAGACUUUGAGAUAGCGGAGGGGGAGAGCGAGCGCACGAGGCAGCUGUAUGAGCGGCUGCUGGAGAGAACCAAACACGUCAAGGUGUGGAUGAGCUACGGGCAGUUUGAGGCGCAGGUGGCUGUAGAGGAGGAGAUCAAGGCGGAGGAGGAGGGCAGAGAGGCGGACGAGCUGGUGCUGGCAGAGCAGUCCAAGGACCGUGUCACCAGGGCCAGAGAGGUGUAUGAGCGGGCGUUUGAGCACAUGAGGACGAACGCCGCCGAUCAGAAGGAGGAGCGGGUGAUGCUGCUGGAGGCGUGGCGGGAGAUGGAGCGGGCGGCAGGUGUGAAUGGUGACCCGGGAUUGGUCGAGAAGAAGAUGCCUCGUCGCGUGAAGCGGAAGCGGCCAAUCACAACGGAGGAUGGCACUCCUGCUGGGUUCGAGGAGUAUUACGACUACAUCUUCCCAGAUGAAGCGGCUAACCAGCCUAAUCUCAAGAUCCUGGAGGCUGCUUAUAAGUGGAAGAGGCAAAAGCUCACUAUGGGGGAUGAGGAGGAAGGGCAGCAGGGAAGUGGUGUGGAGAGGGAUGAAGGGGGAAGUGGAGGGUUGAUAGACAAUGAGGAGGAGGAUGACUAUCUCGACCACCUACUUAUUCUCGUAGCCAUGGCCGGGGGUCUCGACGUGCAUAAGAACAAGUUCAUCGAGGAUUGGGGGACGCGUCGCGAGAAUCUCGAGAAGGUCUUUCGCUUCAACCGUCGCACGCUCUCGAUCGCGGCGCUCGCAAUCGUCGUCGUCCCCGUUCUCGUUUACCGAGGCACCAUCGCAGAAUUCAGGAAGCAAGAGGAACUGGAAGGCCGACCUCAGCGCAAGUUCAUGUCGCACUGCGCGGAUCGAGCCGUCACUUGGCCGUUCGCGACCGUCGCUAACGGCUUUCCGUUUUCGCGAAUCGUUGCAUCUCCCGCGUCCCCUGCUUGUCCCGGAAGGGAUUUCUCGUCAGCCUCCCCCGCCUCGUCUGAAGCCCCCACUGCCCCAGCUGCAUCGCGCGGCCCCUUAGAGGACUUAGCACAGAGGCAACGGGACUACCAAGCCCAAGUAUCGGCCCUACGCAAGGCAUACGCGCAGGAGCAUCAGGAGCUGAGGCGAGCGGCAAUGAAAGCGCAGCAGCAGCGCAGAGAGGCGGCGGCGAGCGAGAAGGAGUCGCAUGCUGAGGAGAAGCGGACGGCACGGGCGGCGCGGGCGGCGAGGGCGCUGGAGGAGCAGGAGAAGCUGCGGGCGGCUAAGCAAGAGCUGAAGGUGAUGAAUGCAGCGCGGCUCAAGGAAAGGGAGGGGAAGAUCAGUGCUCGUAAAGAAGCGGCCAAAACAGCCUUGCGGAUGGAGAGUGCAAGAUGGAUCAGGGAGGAUGAAUUGGAGUGGCGGAUCAUGGAGGCCAUGUCGAAGCCUUACAUUCUGUGA